GCCGCGGUGGAGGCCGGCGUGGCCCUCCCGGCUUUCCGUCCCGGCGCGGCGGGCGGGGCGCACGAGCAUGGCGGCGUCCGCGGCUCUGAUCCUGAGGGAGGGCCCCAGCAUGAAAAAAGCGGUGACUCUGAUAAAUGCCAUAGAUAUAGGAAGGUUUCCACGGCUGCUCACCCGAAUUCUUCAAAAACUUCACCUGAAGGCUGAGAGCAGCUUCAGUGAAGAAGAGGAAGAGAAACUUCAAGCUGCCUUUUCUCUGGAGAAGCAGGAUCUUCACCUCAUCCUGGAGACGGUGGCGUUCAUUUUAGAGCAGGCGGUGUACCACAGCGUGAAGCCGGCAGCUCUGCGGCAGCAGCUGGAAAGCCUGCAGCUCCAGCAGGACAAGGCGGAGGUGUUCGUCCACGCCUGGGCGUCCAUGGGCCAGGACACGGUGGAGAAGUUCAGGCAGGGCGUCUUGGCGCCCCACAAGCUGGAGACUGUGGGAUGGCAGCUUAACCUUCAGAUGGCUCACUCUGCUCAGACGAAGCUGAAGGCUCCCCAGGCCGUGCUACAGCUGGGAGUGAGCAGCGAGGAUUCCAAGAACCUCGAGAAAGUUCUACUGGGAUUCAGUCACGAGGAGCUGUUUGAUUUCUACAACAAGCUGGAGACCGUACAAGCGCAGCUGGACGCCCUUACGUGAUGCCUCGAAGCCUGCUCUCUCCAUCGCGCUGCUGCCCCCUCGUUACUUUGCAUUGAAAGCGGAUUGCCAGGUUGUGAUUU